AUGCUCGCUAUGGCCACGGUGCUGUGCGCUCCCACGCUCCGUGCUGCCACUGCAGCGCCGGGCUCGGUUCUCUCGGUGUACGCCGACGACAGGGCUGCCGCCGCCAGGACAGCAGAGGGGAUCCAGAGGAUUGAGAGCGUGUGGGCGCGCCUGGAGGAGCUCACUUCGAUGCGGUCGAACACGGACAAGCAGGAUGACUUCGUCGUUCGCUCGGCGCGGCCGCGCGGUCAGCAGAGGAAGAAGCAGAGGGCCGAGACGCUGGGGAGGACAGAGGAGAAAGGCAGAGCGCAGGUCAAGCUCCUGGGCGUCGACAUCCUGCUCGGCAAGGGCACCGUACUGUCGGAGCGCGAGCAGGGCAAGAUCGAGGAGUUGCGGCGGCGUGCCGCGAGAGUGCGCAAACUGGGGCUACCGUGCCAGAAGCGGCACGUCCUGGUGACUUCGAGCUGCGUGCCGGCGCUGACGUGGUCCUUCGUGAACGAGGACGACACCUUGGUCUUCAAGAGCGCUGAAUCCAACUUUGGCAGGGAGUUCGGCGUGGCGGCGGACAUCGGGACGCGCGAGUACCUCCUGCGGGAAGCGUGGCGGCGCGGGCUCUGGGCCGCCUUCUUGGGGGCCAAGAGGAGAGACAGCAGCAUGGCACGUCAAGCAGUGGCGCGGUACUGCCACAGAGCCAACAAGGCUGCGAACGACCUGAUAGCAGAGAAGGGCGGCGCGGGUUUUGCGUGCAUCUUGACUGGUGACUACUGGUCCGACCUCCGCCUGGCGAAGGCCAAGGGACAACCGGAGCGGCCCUGUUCGCGGUGCAACACGGGCGCGCUUCCGAGUGCUGAUCAUGAUUUCUGGGCCUGCCCGCUCUGGCGCCCAUGGCGGGUAGGGCUUGAGGUGCCGCGAGAUCCAUUCACCCGCCGGACUGGGUGGCCAGUACAGCCCCUACGAAAUGAGGCGGAGACGGACGAGCUCAAGCGCAGGAUGGCCUUCAUGGCGUCGGUGCGGGCGGCG